CCACAAACCAUUUCCCAUACUGCGAGAUGGCUCAUCAAGCCCACAGCAUCAGCUGGAACAUCCUCGCCCAGAACCUCCACCACCGAUCGGCCCCAGCCUCCCCGAACGCCCCCCACCUCGUCUCGGAUCUGUACUUCCGGUUUCGGCCCGCCCAGGGCAAGGAAAUCGGCUACUUUGCCGAGUCCUUCGCCCGCGCCAUCGAGAAGCAUACUCACACCGAGCGGCGGAAGUACCCGGCGCAAUCUGAUCGCAUCCAACCAGAUGAUUUGGUUUUAAAUGAUCGUGUCGCGGAGAAACUCCGGCCUUUAGCGUACAAGUGGUGCACAGCUUACAAGGACCACAAGUGGCCUUACAGAACGGCUGUUAAGGCGGAAAGCCCUAAGUUGUGCCCGCAUCGCGACUACACCAGUGGCUGCAACGUGCGGCAGAGUAGCAGCAGUAGUAUCAAAGGCAACAGCAGCAGCAGUGACAGCAGCAGUGACAGCAGGAGAGCCGAAAGGCCCGUGGAUCGUUGCGGAUGCCCGUUACCCUACAGCGAGCGGCUGGGAUCGGCCUUUCUGCGCCGCUACCGACGCAACGACUGCUACAGAUUCAUGGACAUUAACGCCGAAGCGUUCUACAACAUGCAGGUAGUGAGCAGUCUCAUGCUCCUCGGGGAGAUGGACCCUGUGCUACGGCUGGCCGCCACCCCAGACAACGAUCUGGCGGAGUGGAUGGAGAUGUACGAAUGUAAUUGCAUGCCCCCCGACCGCGGCUGGGACAAGCUCUUCGCCGGCGCCCUGCAGAUGUACCUAACCCUGAACAUCCUCUACAACAUCCCCGAACUCUGGGACCCGGCCUCGCGCCAGGCUGCCAAUAAGAAGAAGUCCGACGGAUACCGCAACACCCGGAUCUACCAGCGCACGCUGCGGCGCUGGACCUUCGAGAGCUCCUCCAACGAGGUCGCCCAGUACCUCCACCGCCGGUUUUUCGGCCUCGACGGCCACUUCCACUGGGAGACCCGGGUCACCCGCUACCUUCGAGAGCCCGGCUUCCUGCCGCUGUUGGAGGCCACCAACGACGUCCGGGGUGCGAGGCUGGGGUGGUUGAACGAUGCCGACUGCCCGAGGGAGACGGCUGUCUCCGGUCUUACUCUGGUUCUGACCAACCAGACCUUCCCCUACGGCCAGGUGCCGUUCGAGGUAUUCCUGAACUGCGGGGAGAAGGCGGCCUAUCGACCGCAGCUGACGGACGUCGCGCGCGUCGAGGCCUAUCUGCGAGUGUGCGGGGGUCUCCCGCAGGAGUUGGUGGAGUAUAUCAUGGCACUGGCGGAGUACGAUGCUCAGCAUGCGCGACGACUGCCGGUCCCGCACAAUCCGCUGCACCGGGCCAACCGCGCGGAGUUGCGCGACUACCUGACGCGAUGCUGGCAGGUCAUGGUGCGGUGCAAUAUGCUGGCGCGGGAGGUGGGGAAGAGGAUCGACUGGGUCGCGCAGGUGGUCGAGACGUUGGAUAGGCUGGUGGCCAAGCCGCCCGGGAAGAAGCUGUUCAAGCGCGAGCUGAUGGGCGAGUAUUGGGAGGUGACUAUGGCGGGUGGGAGCGGAGAGUUGCCGCAUCGGUUUCGGACGUAUGAUUGAGAGAAAGGCUAUUGCAGACAGAGUAGAUAAUGGUUGUAUCACCGCGAGUCUUGUCGCUAUAAGGGACAACAGUACGCAUGGCAUGCUUUCUCUCUUAUCCCUCGAGACAUUGGGAGUAUCUUGACCAUAUACUCAAGGGUGAGGUUCGUCAUGACAGGAGAAUAAAGUGACG